ACUUGACGGCACCUUUUGCAGCAGUUGCUGUGAAUGCCGUAAAGCGGAGUUGCCGCCGCUCUUGGGCGAGAAAAAAAAGAGUGUCUUCUUAUCCAAAAAAGAUGAAACGAACACGGUUACUCUCAAAAGACAACCAAGUGAGCACCGCAGACUAAUGAGUAGAAUCAAUAAGAACGUGAUUUUGGCGCUUUUAACUUUGGCAAGUUCUGCAUUUCUGCUGUUUCAGUUGUACUACUACAAGCACUAUUUAUCAGCAAAGAAUGGAGCCGGUUUAUCAAAAUCUAAAGGAAGCCGACUUGGAUUUGAUAGCACACAGUGGCGUGCAGUUAAAAAAUUUAUUAUGCUAACAUCCAGCCAAAAUGUACCAGUGUUCCUUAUUGAUCCUUUGAUUCUGGAAUUGAUUAAUAAAGACUUUGAACAAGUAAAAAAUACUUCUCAUGGCUCCACUUCAGAAUGCAAGUUUUUCUGUGUUCCAAGGGACUUUACUGCGUUUGCACUACGGUAUCAUCUAUGGAAGAAUGAGGAAGGCUGGUUUCGGAUAGCUGAAAAUAUGGGAUUUCAAUGCCUAAAGAUUGAGAGCAAAGAUCCCCGGCUAGAUGGGAUAGACUCACUUUCUGGAACUGAAAUUCCCCUGCACUAUAUCUGCAGAUUGGCCAGUCAUGCCAUCCACUUGGUGGUCUUUCAUGAGAGGAGUGGCAACUACCUCUGGCAUGGCCAUUUACGACUCAAAGGACACAUGGAUAGAAAAUUUGUUCCUUUUCGAAAGUUACAAUUUGGUCGUUAUCCUGGAGCUUUUGACAGGCCAGAGUUGCAACAAAUUACUAUUGAUGGACUAGAAGUUUUCAUCCCAAAAGAUCCAGUGCGCUUUCUAGAAGAAAUACCACACUCUAGGUUUAUUGAGUGUAGGUAUAAAGAAGCUCGAGCAUUCUUUCAGCAGUACCUUGAUGAUAACACUGUGGAAGCUAUGGCCUUUCGGAAGAAUGCAAAAGAAUUACUGCAACUGGCAGCCAAAACAUUAAAGAAAUUGGGAGUACGGUUCUGGCUGAGCAGUGGAACUUGUCUAGGGUGGUAUCGGCAAUGCAACAUUAUUCCAUAUAGUAAAGAUGUUGACCUAGGAAUUUUUAUACAAGAUUAUAAAUCUGAUAUUAUUUCAGCAUUUCAGGAUGUAGGACUUCCACUCAAACACAAAUUUGGGAAGGUAGAGGACAGCUUGGAACUAUCUUUCCAAGGAAAAGAUGAUAUAAAACUCGACAUUUUUUUCUUCUAUGAAGAGACUGACCAUAUGUGGAAUGGAGGCACCCAGGCCAAAACAGGAAAAAAAUUUAAAUACCUGUUUCCCAAGUUUACACUGUGCUGGACUGAGUUUGUAGACAUGAAGAUUCAUGUGCCCUGUGAAACUAUUGAGUACAUUGAAGCCAACUAUGGUAAGACCUGGAAGAUUCCUGUGAAGACAUGGGACUGGAAGCGCUCUCCCCCCAAUGUGCAGCCCAAUGGAAUCUGGCCCGUUUCUGAGUGGGAUGAGGUUAUCCAGUUACACUGAGACAGUAAGUUGAAAUGGUAGAAUUCCCCUUCUGACACAAAGAUGGAUAACUGUUUAAGAAGAUAAAUCUCUAUUUGUCAGACGCAAGUAGGCCCAAAGAUAUAUGUCAAGUCUGAAGAUGCAGGAAAAGUCCUAACUUCUGAGCCAUGUGAUUUAGUUCUCUCAUUUUACUUUUGUUAAGGAGUCCCUUUACACUGUCCCAGGUACAGUGCUAGGUUUGAGCGGAGAAGCAGAGAUGGGUGACAUCAUACCUGUCUCUCUUUCCCAUUCCUUUGGUAAGCAUCUCAGUUUUCCUUUGAGGGAAACACCCUUACCCUUUGAAGCUCUUACAGAAUAUGAUAUUCUUUCAAAAAUGUUAGAUAACAUUUGGACUGGAAGAUGCGUUCAUCAGGCAAAGUUAAUGAAGGAUAUACCAGUAAAAAACGAAUAACCCAUUCCUGUAAUCAGCAGUUAAGCUUGUAUGUUAGUGCUGCUUUUAAGACUGUAGAGUUGCAGUUAAUAUUUAAGUGAUCAUACUUUAGGUGGCAUCAAGAAAGGAUGCAAGCAGAUUUCAUUUUACCAGCAGCCCCAUAUGGAAUUAAUUUAGAGUACAGAGCAUCAUUCUCUUAGAAUGAGAGCUGCUUUCUAGCUUUGUCAAAGAUAUGCAAAUUUCUUUAAUUUUCUAUUUUCAUAUUUGGAAUGAAAAGGAAGCUUGUGCUUGUGUGGUGCUUUAAUUUCCAGCCAUUGUGAGAAUAUUUUCACUGACCUCUGUAGCACUUGUUAACAAAUCAUUCAAGCAAGAUCAUGCUACCAGACAUGCUUUUGAAAGGGUUGUGAUUUCACAAAACUUACUUUACUUGUUUCAUUCCCAACCAUCUGUUAGGUAAAAAUAUGAGCUAUUCAUAGACUUUAAUAUUUUCUAAACUUUUAAUCCUUGUAUUCCCAAUUUUGAUGUUAACACUAAAAUAUUAACAGAAAUUACCUGUAAUUUUUCUAAGAUGUACUCUUCUGUACUCAUGUAUUCAUUCAUCAAUUCCAGCUCCAUAUCUUUCAUUUAUGGCCUAUAAACCAAUUUAAAUGGUAUAGAAGCCUACCUGUUCCCUCUCCUCUACACUAUAUCACAUCUCCAGAGUGAAGGUCAGUGGCAAAUCUGACAAAUGCUUUCUCCGUCAUGGUAUUUGUAAAGUUUGUGUCCAGUCUUAUUAUUCCAUCUAGAUGUUCUCUCUGUUGCAUAUUGAUGGGAUGAAAACUCAGACUUCCUUUAUCAGCUUUAUCAAGUACCACCAAUUUAAAACCCUUCAGUUUUCUUUUCCCCCACUCAAGAUAUGUUUCUGAGUGGGCUGGGAUGGCCCUCUCUCCUCCAUCUCUUCGUGAGUCACUUUAAUGAUAUAUUCUAAGAGAGAGGUAAAGGUGUAUGUAGGUACAGUAAGCACUGCUAUCUUUUUCUUUGUCUAGAAAAGGAA